UCUUCUUCCAUUAAUAAUGGAUUACUGGAGUUUAUAAUCUAUUUCUCUCUCUUCCAUAUUUUUGCUUUUUCUUUUAAAGAAAAAGCCACACUUACACCUUCUAUAUGUGGAACAUUUGCAGAGUCUCCUCCUUUGUUCAAACUUAACUUCACUUUCCUUUUUUUCCUCUUCAAUUCUUAGAAAGCAAUCCUCUCUCUCUCUCAGUGUGCUCACUUAGAGCAUCUACUCACUUUUAAUGGAGGAAAAAGAAAGUACAAUUACUGGGUUACCAGGAUACUCCGAGACCGACUCACUGCCAGUGAGCAGCGUGGUUAUGCCGCAGGUGAUGACUAUAAACAUGAACAUGGCUGCAGAGAACAUGAGCAUGGAAAGAAGCUUGAUUGCAACAACUACACCACCAACCACAGGAAUUGAUGGUCCUGAUGGAGGAUCAGGACACCCAGCAAGUGGAAGUGAGGAUUUGAUUGGGAAAAAGAAUAGAGUAAGACCAAAAAAGUAUGAUUCAGAUGGCAGAGUGCAGCCAUUUCAUCAUCAUAAAGCAGUGCCUAGAGGAGCUUUAACAUCACCACCUGCUGGUUUAUCUUUCUCUCCUUCUCCUCCUUCUGAUGGCUUAAUCUCUUCUUUGAAAAGAUGCCGAGGCAGGCCUGGCUCUGGUAACUGGCAGUUGCUUGCUUCCUUAGGUGAUUUGUUUGCUAACACAGCAGGAGCUGACUUCACUCCUCAUGUGGUAACUGUGAAUACAGGAGAGGAUGUUGCAGGGAAAAUUCUAGCAUUUGCUCAGAAGGGUCCAAGAGGUAUUUGUAUUCUAUCUGCCAAUGGAGCUGUUUCUAACGUCACCAUUCGCCAACCAGGUUCAUCUCGUGGAAUCUUGACAUAUGAGGGCCGUUUUGAGAUAAUUUCAUUAUCUGGGUCAUUCACGGUCACUGAAACUGGUGGUGUAAGAAGUAGGAAUGGUGGACUGAGGGUAUCGUUGGCUAGCCCUGACGGUCGUGUAAUUGGCUGUGGAAUUGCAGGCCUCCUAUUGGCAGCCAGCCCUAUCCAAAUUGUUGUAGGCAGCUUCUUGCCAAAUGAAAUGAAGGCACACAAGAGAAAGCACCAUCGUGAAAAUGCAAUCGGUUCUGGGAUCCCUGUAGGUGCUCAAGAGGUACCGACAGAAGCAAGACCUAUCUCAGAGACAAAACCUGUUGGUGAGACAUGUUUAAUCUCCGCAUCUUCAUUGCCAGAACAGAGCCAUGAAGGAGCAGAUAACAGUGCAAGCGACCAGCAGAUAUCAAAUGCUGCAAAUCCAUUUACUUCCUGUUUGAAUGGAUCACACACAUGUAAUCAGAGACCAUCCCCUGACAUCAAUAUGAAUGAAGAGGAUGCACAUGGUACUUAAUUCGUUGAUUUAGUGCUUAAUUUUAUUUCAGUUAGUAGUAAUUGACAAACUCGGAGGCUGAAAAGACAAACCAAAAGACGCUAAUUCUAUUUGUAUUGUAAUAAGGACAAUCACAUAUAUGAAAAAAAAAAAAAUCCCUCACGAUUUUCAUC